CCCCAUCUUGCAAUCAACACUUCGCUGUGCCCAGCAUCCGCUGUCCCUCUGCCUCGGCAGCGUCUCCUUUUAUUGCAAUAAACGCAUCUAUCUGUGCCUCAUCUGCUUCGCCCGUCGACUGCACAUUUCCCCAAGCUCGCCUCAUUCAAGUCGCUGCCUCCGCAAGCCUCAUACGAUCGGCCAUGCCCGCCUCCUUGGCCAUCUCGCCCUACUGGGCUGCCGUCCACGGCUUCUCGUUCGUCAUGGACAUCUUCUUUCGAGAUAUCCAGCAGCGAAACGCCCACUCGAUUCCGACCGAUGGACCCGUCAUCUUUGUGAUUGCCCCGCAUGCCAACCAGUUCAUUGACCCGCUGGUUGUGCUGAAGCACUGCGGUCGUGAAACAGGCUUCCUGGCUGCCAAAAAGUCCAUGGACAAGUUCUGGAUCGGCCUGUUUGCUCGCACCGUGAGCUCAAUUCCUGUCGAGAGACCCCAAGACCUCGCCAAGGCUGGAAAGGGCAAGAUCUUUAUGCGUAACUCUGGCGAACAGCCACUCAAGCUCUACGGCAUCGGCACCGAGUUCACCAAGCAGGUCGGCCCUCGAGGUGCCAUCCUCCUCAAUAGCUCGCUCGGGUCGGAUAUGGUUGAGGUUGUUUCGAUCGAAAGCGAUACCGAGCUGACCCUCAAAAAGACCUUCGACAUCAAGUCCGAGAGCCAAGCCGAUGCCACCCUCUUCUCCGAAAUCACUGGGGCCACCUACAAGGUGGUUCCCCACGUCGACCAGUCGGUCAUGUUCAAGACCGUGACUGAGCGACUCAAGGCCGGGGGGUGCGUUGGCAUUUUCCCGGAAGGCGGCAGCCACGAUCGCAGCGAGUUCCUGCCCCUCAAGGCCGGCGUGACCAUAAUGGCGCUUGGUGCCAUGGCCGAGCACCCCGGACUCGAGGUCAAGAUCGUGCCCGUUGGCCUGAACUACUUCCAUCCCGACCGCUUCCGCUCCCGCGCGGUCGUCGAGUUUGGCGAUCCCAUCACCGUCGACCACAAGCUUGUCGAAGACUAUAAGAAAGGCGGGGCAGACAAGAGAAAUGCCUGCUCGAAGCUCCUGGACGAUAUCUACAAGGCCCUCAAAGCCGUCACGGUCACGGCACCGGACUACGACACUCUGAUGGCGAUUCAAGCAGCGAGACGUCUCUAUAUCCCGCAUUCCAAGAAGAUCACUUCUGCAGAGCGGCUGGACAUCAGCCGCCGUUUUGCUGCAGCCUACCAAGCGUUCCACGGCGAGCCGGAAGUCCAGAGUCUCUACCAGCGAAUCAAGGAAUACAACCAACGACUGGGAUACUAUGGUAUUCGUGAUCAUCAGGUCAAAAACACUGGUCUGGGCUACAAGGCUGCCGUAGUCCUGGCUUCGAGACUCAUCCAGGUUGUGAGCAUGGCGCUCUUUGCCCUUCCAGGCGCACUGCUCUGCCUCCCGAUCGGCAUUAUUGCCCAGAAGAUUUCUGCCGAAAAGGCCAAAGAGGCCAAAGCUGGCUCAAACGUCAAGAUCUGGGGUCGCGACGUCAUUGGCACAUGGAAGGUGCUGGUGUCAGCCGUGCUGUUCCCGAUCGCCUUUAGCUUCUACACCCUGGUCACCAUCAUCGUGAUGUACUGGAAGCACGGCUUUGGUCUGGCCGGUCUCCUCCUCACUGCCAUUUUUACUCCCAUGAUCUUGUUCCUGUUUACGGCUGUGGCGAUCCGCACCGGCGAAGUUGGCCUCGACAUUGUUAUGUCUCUCAAACCGCUGGUGCUGGCUGUGAUUGACCCCAAGAGCAUGGAGCCUCUGCGAACGAUGCGAACGGAGCUGCAGCAACAGCUCAUCAGCGUUGCAGACAAGUUUGGCCCGUCGAUCAUCGAAGGCUAUGCCACCGGCGAAGGCCGUAUCAUCAAGCCCGAGGAUUUCGCAGCCAAAGCCACCGACGGUACCAUCAAGGGAAAGCUCCUCUUUGGCGGCGCUCUGAUCGAUGGCACCACUCAGCUUAUCGGCGGAACGACCCAGCUGAUCGGCGAUACCACUCAGUUGAUCGGUAGCCUGCAGAGCGAGGUACAGAAGCGCUUCCAGAGAGUUGAAGUCCAGACAUUCAGAUGGGAAGAAGUUUCCGAGGGCGAGGAGGACGAGGUGUUCUUCUUCCACAAGGACGACGUUCAAGCUCUCCGCGACGACAAGAAGAACGCAUAAACCCUCGGUCUCAGUCUUCCACCUUCCCGUUCUUUCACUCACUUUCCUGUUUGUAGACCAGCUCUAUCAAUAUAGAUUCCACGAUCCAAUGUUCGCAGGCUACUGUCGUCCGCCGCGCUCCACUCCAACGACAGGCCGAAGUGUGUCGUAGCAGAUCGAACAGGACUCAGAUGGUCGUAUCCUAGCACCUGGACUUCCUCCAGUCCUGACUCGUCGAGGAACUCUCGAUAUGAUCACGGAGAAAUCAAGCGAGCUCCUCGAUUGCACCUGGAGAGCGACCAGCCAACCAAACACAGGGCGGAUACACCUCAU